AUGCAUGCAGUCAGCCAAGUAGCCUCGCAGAAGAGAAAGGAUAAAGCCAGAGGAAGGAAGAAAGGAAAGAAGGCCAAGAAAGAGCUUGUUGAGAAGUGGAGGCAGAAAGCGGGCUCCAAAGCACAGAGGCAGGCAUUGGAGCAAGUCAGACCAGUCAGCAGCAAGACAGCAGGCAAAAAGUUGAAGCCCAGUGCCAAGCUCAAGUACAGUCACUUGCAGAAAAGGAAGAAAAAGCAGAGCAAGAAGACAGCAGCAAUCAAGACAGCAGAGGCAGCAGAGAAAGCAGAGGAAGAGGAGUCAGAGUGGAAUGGUGCCAUAGGCAGAGUUGUUGGAGAGACAGCAAAGGCAGCCUGGCAAGGCUUGGUCGUGACAGUGGAGAAAGCAAAGGGCAGCCAGCUCCUCUGCCAGAUACCGAGCAAGGGCAGCCAGUGGAUUUGCAAGGCAGAUCUAGAAUGCCCUUUGCUGCCAAAGACAGCCAGGCAGACAAUGGCUCCACAGCAGCUCAAGGAUGCAGCCAGGCAGUCUUUGCAGGCAGAUUGGAUGCAGCAAGUGGAUCUCUACCAGUUCGGCCAGCUGGUGACAGAUGAUCAGCUCUUGGCAGGCUGGAGAGAGAUUAGCAGCAGACUGAAGCCAGGCAGUGCAGUGCGAUGGGUAACCCCAGCUCAAAGCAAGCUAGCAGCAGAGACAGGUGCAGUUUGCAAAGCCAUGGAAGACUUCCUGGCAGACAGCAAGACUUUGCUGCUGGUACCAAUCCACAGCUCAGCUCCACAGCACUGGACACUGCUUUCUUUGAGCAAGGCAGGCAGCAGCAAAGAAGAACAGCCAGAGGUCCAGUACUUCGACACACUCAAGAUGCAGCCAGAAACAGCCAAAGCAGCAGCUAGCACAGUGCUGCAAGUCUGUUUUCAGACAGAGACAGAGCUGCCAGUGCCAUGCAACCGUUUCCACCAGUCAGACGGUUUCAGUUGUGGCCUCUGGUGCCUUCAGUACAUGGAAAGACAAGCCAGAGAGUUCCUAGGAUGUAGUCAGUCCACAUGGCAGACAGUUGGGGAGCUGAGCCAGAAGCUUCAGUCCUGGCAAGAAGCAGUGCUGAAGCAGAAGUCUUUAGACAAGGCAGCAAAGGCUUUGGAGGCCAAGAAAGCAGCAGAGAAGCAGCCAGCAGAAGAAGCAGGGAAGACGAAAAAAAAGGGCAAGGUGGCACAGACCAAGCUGCAGCUAGGCUGGGACGAGCAGUUUGGUUGCAGCAAGUGCAAGUAUAGCAAGACAGGCUGUUUGGCUUGCAACCCAGCCAAGAUGCUGCGCUGGGCAGAGAAGCAGGCACAGCAGACGCAGCUCUUGCAGGCAGCUUUGGCAGCCUUGCAAGACAUACAGACAGAAAUGCACCUGCUGGGGAAGAAGGUGUGUUGUAUGGAGCUGCGACAAGCAGCUAGGUCCUCCUUUCAGCUGGUUGAUGCUUUGCUGCCGAGACAGCUAGACAGCCAGAGGAGCAAAGAGACAGAGGGGCAGGCUGGCAUGAUUACUAUCAGCACCUAUUGUGAACAUCACAAAGAGGCCAUUUCCCACGUCCUCGGUGCUGACUGUGAACAAAGUUGCCGCCAAAGCCGUGCCGAUGGAGCCGAAGAAGGUCGCGCCAGUGGCUCCCUGGCCUACAUUUUGACCCUGGGCAUCGCUGAGAACUUCCGCCGCCGCGGCCUGGCCAAGGAACUCAUCCAACGCUCCGUGGCGCACGUGGAGAAAAAUCUGCCCAUGGUGCAGGCAGUAUUCCUGCAUGUCGUGACCUACAACACUGCAGCGAUUCAACUCUAUGAGUCUUCGCAAUUUUUGCGGAUUGAGUAUUUCCCGCACUUCUACUUCCUGCAUGGUAAACACUACGAUUCCUACCUCUACGCCCAGUAUUUGCACGGCGCUCGUCCCCCCUGGAAGUGGCGCAUGCGAAGCUUCGCCAGCGCCUGGAGUCGCUGGGUCUUCAGCUAUUGGACGGCCUGGCGAUGGCCCAGUUGUGAGGGCUAAGUGGAAGGAUCAUCGAGCAGCUAAGCUGGGACUUGAAAAAUGUGGUUAAUA